GCCCGCUCGGUGUGUGGGGCUAUUUGAGCCCCGAUGCCCCGAACCCCAUCGAGCGGCCGAGUUUGGGGCCCUGGCCAUAGUGGCUCAGAGUCUCCGAGGCCCGCGCAAAUGUAGUGAACGCGUUCGCGCUGGGCCCCCAGGCCCGAUCUCCUUGCGAUAUGGUGUGUGCAGCUGCGAUGGUAAUCGCGCGUUCGUGCGAUCUGUCUGUUUUGAAGGAGACCAGAGCACGCGUGCCAGACAGCUCGGAUCUUCCCAGCAGCAGCGCUGGGAAAAAGUCUGGCAAAGACGCGGCUGAUAGAGUCGCGCGGUCGGGGCUGGGCGCCCGUCCGACUGGCCCGAGUACUGUUUUGCAGCAGGUGCGCAGAACAAAAAACAAGAUUGCCAAGGCCACGUGUAGCCUGGUUGCCCGUCUUCUGCCCAUGUGUCCCGCGCUGGACCUCCGAGGUGGCCCCGGGGUUCGUCGGGGGCCUGAACCCAAGACCGCGGCCCCCAUUUGUCCACCGCCAGUGGGAAUGGUGCAGCACCUGCUUGAGGUGCGCCAUCUGUAUGCAAGUUCGUCGACCUUUAAAAGAUUUUGAUUUUGGAGAGAUCGAUCAACCACCGACGCUUAGUUGCUCGGGAGUAGUGGCAGAAUCGCUGAAGCAAGUGGGAGCGAGAGGACACCCUCUGUUGGCUUUUUGGCAGCUGCGACCGCUCUGUUCCUUCUCGCGUGCGUUGGUCUCGAAGCGAUUUUAACGCUAGGCCCUCUGGCCUUGUUGGCCGAGGGGUUCAGACCUCCGACUCGCAGCAGUCUCUAGCGGCGGAAGUAUCGCGCACCGAAAGGGCGACGCCCGAAACUGGGCGACGUGGCUAUCGAGGUGCCCCCAGAAGGCCGUGAUGCGCCUGAAAAGGCGGGGGGGGCUCCGAGGACAUGGGGCCCAGCGAGCAGCUUCGCGAAGUGCGAGAGGCACUCCGCCGAGGCGAGGAUGAGGCUUCUUCGGUGCAGGUUGCUCGUGUAUGCCGCGCGGAGUCCUCUGACCCCGAUUGAUAUUUUAACCUGGGGGCGGUGAUUUGCCAUCCGCGUUGCGAAGCGAGAGCGGCUCGCCAGUAGUGGUCAAUGUUUUAAAAAUCCUUCCCGCGGUGCCGGCGACGGCCGGCCCGCAGAGCCGCGGCCGCGGAAUUCCUGUGAGCUCUGUUCUGGUGGCCAGAACAUCGCGAA